GAGAGAGGGAGGGAGGAUCACGGGCUGCGGGUGAGGCUUUGAAAGUCAGCCUCACAGGCAUUGCAGCAGAGCCCCGAACCAGCGAGAAAGAACGAAGACGUUUACACAGACGCAGAUAUACCCUGAAGAGGACGAAGAUAGCGUCCCCGGAGAGCUUUGUGUGUGUGUGAGUUGUGAGCGCGCAUGUUGCUGCUUGAGGCGGCGGCAGCACCACCAGCAGCACCGGCGGCGGCUUCACGAGUUGCUUCGCAGAGAGAGCGACCGGAGCGUCGCCCUCUUUCUCCUCCUCCUUCCCCCCUCUCCACCACCCCCCAUUCCCAUUAAGCAGCCGCUCGCUGGAGGUCUCCGUACUAGAACUAAUUGCCGGAGUUCGCGCCCGCUUGUCAGGGGUGGCAUUUGGAGCCGGCGGCGCGCGCGCGCGCGUUCGGACCUCUCCCUCAAGCGGACGGACUGACGAGGCGAGAUCAGACAGACGGACGGAGCGAGCCACAGAUAAAACUGCCGCUUCUUGGGGAAGGCGGUAGUAGCAGCUGCAGAAACGGUCGGCUGGUGUAUGGGAGAUUACUGAGGUAUAUGAGGGUAUAUGUACAUCCACUAAAACAGUGCACUAACACUGGGCAUCAGUAAUCUCCGAGGAGAAAAAAGACAAAUUGAAAAAUAGCAGUCUGAACAAGUCCAUAAAUAAGAAACAAUAGAAGGAUCUUCAAAUGAAUGCAACAAACAGAAUCAGGAUAAAUGGAAGCGGUGGCCCAUGUGGGGGUGAAGAGUGGAAAUGGAGUGAGGUCAGGAGAGUUCUGAGUGCCAACCUGGAGCUCCCACAACUUUGUCAUUGCCUCACCCUGUCCUGGUGAACACAGCACUGGAGCUGAAAUAGUGCCGCUGCUGCUGCUCUACCCCCACUCACACUUCACUGCUGGAAUCAAGCAAGCAUAAAAUGAAAAAAGGCUGAAAAAGAAAUCCUCAGUUCCAAGAAACCCACUAGAAGAAUCUUCAUAAAUGCAUGUGCAUAUUGCAGCAGAGAUGGAUAAAAAUGGAACUUCUCGUCUUCCACAAAAACUGGAAGAAUCAUUCAAAGACUUUUGCACCUGUUUUGCAUCAAAUUUUGUAGGCAGCUGUAGACUCGCUUAUUAGUCUGAACCUCCAUUCACCAAUAACAAAUUAGUCCUUAAUGUGAAUAAAAAGGGAGCCUUUGUGGAUACUUGUAUUGAACAUGACUCAUGGAGAAGAGCUUGUCUCUGAGAUGCACCAGGAUUCUGUUGUUCUAACUUACCUAGAGGGAUUACUAAUGCAUCAAGCAGCAGGAGGUUCCGGUUCUGCAGUUGACGAAAACCCUGUUGGGCCUGGUGCAGAAGAUCAAAACUUCAAUGUUUCUGGAAAUACGUCUCCUAGCUAUCAGAGAGAUGGUUCAGUUCCCAACACGCAUACAUAUCAGGGUUCUGGCAUGCUGCAUCACAAAAAGGCAAGGCUAUUACAGUCUUCUGAAGAUUGGAACGCAGCAAAGAGAAGGCGUUUGUCUGAUUCUAUUGUGGAUUUUAAUGGGAAAAAAGAAGCUUUGUUAGCUGGCAUGGUUGAAAGUGUGCCUAAAGGCAAACAGGAUAGCACAUUACUGGCCUCUUUGCUUCAGUCAUUCAGCUCUAGGCUGCAGAGUGUUGCUUUGUCACAACAGAUUAGACAGAGCCUCAAGGAGCAAGGGUAUUCCCUCAGCCAUGAUUCUCUGCAAGUUGAGAAAGACUUAAGGUGCUAUGGUGUUGCAUCCAGUCACUUGAAGACUCUCCUGAAGAAGAGCAAAGCAAAAGAUGAAAAGCUGGAGACUGGUCUGCCUGAACUAACAACAAACCUGGUUAAAGAUCGGUUUAUAGAAUCUUCACAAACAGGACAGAGUGGUUCCAAGGUGAUGAGUGAGUCGCUGUCUUGUGCUGCAAGAUUACAAGCUGUUGCAAGCAUGGUGGAAAAAAGGUCUAGUCCUGCUACAUCUCCUAAACCCAGUGUGGCUUGUAGUCAGCUGGCCUUGCUUCUUUCAAGUGAAGCACACUUGCAGCAGUACUCCAGAGAACAUGCUCUAAAAGCACAAAAUGCAAAUCAAAUUGCAAGUGAGAGACUUGCUGCCAUGGCAAGAUUAAAAGAAGGUGUUCCAAAAGAUGUUGGCCAUUUCAAACUGUCAAAAGGAAUGGAAAGCCAUCUUAAUGGUCAGGUAAGAUCUUCAACCAAAUCAGUAACCAACAAAAGCAAUAUGACACAUUUUCAGAGUCCCAUGGGGGUAAUUCAUUCAUCUCCCAAAAGCAUAGGUUACAAAGCAACAGUGGAAAAAAAUCAUUUGAAAGCACCUACCAACAGUAGUUUACUUUUGCAUCUCCUUAAAAAUCAUAGUGCUACUAAGCAAACUAAAGGGUACGAACAGAAUGGAAGAUCCAGUAUUUUUGAGGAGAGUAGUACACCAACUACUGUUGAUGAGUACUCAGACAACAAUCCAAGUUUUACAGAAGAUGACAGCAGUGAUGAUGAAAGUUCUCAUUCUAAUUGUCUUCCUAUAGACUUAUCUUUCAAACAGAAAACAAGUAAACCAGAUUCUGGGCAGCCAGCUUCUCUGGACAAUUUAACUCAAUCCAUGCUUCAUAACUGGGAUUCAAAAGUUCCUUGUCUCGAAAAUAUAGAAGAGAGGGAGCCCUCUAAAAAUGCAAAAUUGAAUCCACAUCAUAAAGUAACUUUGCUUCAGUUGUUACUUGGCCAUAAAAAUGAAGAAAAUAUAGAGAAAAUUACAGAAACUGAGGGCACUUUAGUUACAGCUGAUGUGGCAAAAUUUAAUUUAGCAAUGGGUAACAGAACUCCUAUGACAGACUGCUCUAGUACAAAUCGAAUUACUCCAAUAAACACUCCCCCUUUGUUAAAUUCUACAGAAGCAGAUUCACCCAUCAACCUUUCACACCAUUCGCCUUUAUUGGUCAAACAUAAUUCACCACCAUAUACUUGCAUCAUACAGCCUGAGAGACUGAUUAAUCCGGCUUCUAAACACUUGAUAGAUCUUACAGCGCACAAAGAAAUUCAAGGAACUAAGCAGAAUAGAAGUGAAACUGUACAAACAUCCCCAUCUUUUAGUGCGAGUAAACUAUUGCAAAACUUAGCUCAAUGUGGGAUGCAAUCUUCCAUGUCAAUAGAUGAGCAAAGGCAAACAGGCAAACAGAUGAGAAACAUAGAGAAACCAGUUGGAUUGAUAGAUGGGUUAAAUAGCUCCCUGAUUAUUAAUACAUCAGGUGCACAUGAAGAAAACAAAAUUGUCAGUCAGCCGCUACCAGCAGAACAAAGAUUUCCCAGUUCAGAAAUCCAGAAUCUGCUUGAAAGACGCACUGUCCUCCAACUGCUUCUGGGAACCACCAACAAAGGUAUGACUGAAACAAAAGAGAAGAUGCUUUCAAAAAAAGAGAGUUUACAAGAACCAAGAGAAAAGGCUUUGAAUGAACAAAUAUUGACUGUAAAAAUAAAAGCUGAACCUUCUGAGGAAUCAAAUGCCCUUCAGAAUCCAAAUGCACAGCAAAUAAGGGAAAGUGUUAGCAAGAAAUUUCACGGAAUAGCUCAUUCAUUAGAGAAAAAUGCAGCUACUCCUCCAGCAUCAGAGGAAUUUAAACCCAAUCCUCUCUUACCUCAAGGCUUUUCUUUUUCAAAGAAUGGCCUACUAAGUCGAUUGCUGAGGCAGAGUCAAGAUAGCUACUCUGCAGAUGAACUGGACAGGAGCCACAGAAAUGCUGAACAGACAUUUGUGGAAUCAAAAAGUCCUAGCACAGUCCCAAAGAAGAGGAAGCUGCAUUCUGAACCUUCAGAAGGUUAUUUAAAAUUACUAAAAAAUUACAAAGGUAACAUAUCUGAUGCUGCAAACAAUAAUAAGUCUUCUGUAGAUGCCUUGUAUGGUCCUGGGCUUAACCAGAAAGAACUGAAAUUUAGCAGAACUGAUGUUGAAUUAAAAUACUCUUCAGGUCAUGGUUCAAAUGCUGAAAAUGAAAAUAGGAUUUGGUCUAGAGAAAACAAAGGAUUUAAUGUGUUGAAACAAUUGCUUCUAUCAGAAAACUGUGAAAAAGACAUGUCUCACCAUAGGAAUAAUUCAGCAGCAACUGAUGGCAAAAAGAAAGGAAUAAAAUAUAAUCUAGCAAAUAACAAAGUUGAAUUCAGUGUCCCCUCAGUACAUACACUAAUGGGGAAUCCUGGGCAGCAAACCAAUUGUUUGGAUCACCAAACAUUUCAGUAUUCAGUUGCAAUGAAGAGUCCUGCAAGUUCUCCCUUCACUGAACAUUUGGGAGGCACAGUUUCAUCGAAACCUGAAUGUGACCAGUUCAGUGUUUGCCAUGUACCUAGUGAAAGGGGACCUAUAAAAUGGGUCAUUGCAGACACAGACAAAAAUGAACCCGAGAGAGAUUCCCCAAGACUGACCAAAACUAAUCCAAUAUUAUAUUACAUGUUACAAAAAGGGGGGAAUUCUAUUAAUAUUCAGGAAGCACGUGGCAAAGAUGUUUGGAGUGAUAUAUCAUUUACAGAACAUUCAUCAUCUGUCACAUUCAAGAAAGAGUUAUCGCCUGUUGCAGAAUGUAAAAUGCCAUUUCAUAAUGUAAGAAAUCCUUACAGUAGUAAUUCAAGUAAUAAAGUGGCCCUUCAACACAAAGUGAAUGGAGAAGUAUAUGGACUCUUAGACAAAGUAUUAACAAUAAAAAAAGAACCAGAGUAAAUUAUAAUCAUAUUAAAGAGUUUACAGUCAGGUUUAAAUAUUUGCUUUAAAAAUAGUGUUGUAUAAAUCUAGCAUGAUUUGAGAAAAGCAUGGUAUAAUUGAAACACGGUUUGUUUGAUGAACAUUUCUGCUGAUAUUUAAAAUACAUGUAGCUAUUUUUUAUUUUAUUUUUAUUUUUGCU